UCGCUGAGCGCUUUGCAGCGUGAAGGUGGCGCUAUUUAACGAUUGCGGUUGGCUGCUCUCAUAGCGGCUCAGGUGCGUCUGCUGCUUGUCUGGAAUGGACUUCGUGGUGUGUGCUGUUCUCCGAAACAGGCGAAUAUAUCCUCUUCUUCUACCUGUCGACAUAAAGUAUUCACAACUGACGCUGUAGAUUUGGAUAACUUUCUAAAACUAUCGAAACUUCUGUGAGCGUUUAUAUAUUGUGCCAUUUUUGUAAAUUACUGGUAAAAUCCAAGUAAGUACUCGGUGGACUACGACAACCCGGGUAACGCAGCGUACGAUAUCGCUGAGUGAUGGGGCGUAAACUGGACCUGUCGAGUUUGACGGAGGAAGAGGCGGAGCAUGUGCUACAGGUGGUGCAGAGAGACAGGCAACUGCGCAAAUCAGAAGAGGACCGCCUUAGGCAGCUGAAGCAGGAGCUGGAGGAGGAGAAGACUCGUUGUGCGCUGCUCUCCCGCCAGCCAGGCUUCAACGAGCGCUGCUGCAUGCUCUGUUGCUCACCCUUCUCCUUCCUGCUGGCAUCGCGCCAAGCCUGCCAUGGCUGCGGCUACAACGUCUGCAGACACUGCCGCCGCUACACACGCGACAGCUGGCUGUGCUCCGCCUGCCAGAGGACCAGGCUGCUAAAGACAUGCUCUCUGGAGUGGUUCUACAGCAGCGUGAGGAGACGCUUUAAGAGGUUCGGCAGUGACAAGGUGCUGAAGACUCUGUACAGGAGGCUGAUCACGCCAUGUGACAGCCAGGGAGAAUUCACAGAGGGAAGUACAUAUGAAAGUGCUGGCAAUGAAAGCAGCGUUUAUGAGAGUGACUCGACGUUCUACAGACAUAGCAAUGAGCACAGCAUGGCAGAGACCACAUGUGUGGCACAACGAGUGGCCGAAGAGGCCGUAGAUGAGGCCGUUGCCAAGAGCAAGAGACAGACUCACAACGAACAAAAGCUGAAGGAGGCUCAGUACAUGCAGGACAACAGAGGGGAGCUGAUAGAAGGGCUGACCACCGUCAUCAUGCAGAAAAUUAUCCGCAGGAGGAGGGAGACGCCAGAGACACAACCAGAGCCAGCUGAUGGGAACAGCCAGGCGAGCUUCCCUUCUUCCCCUGGGGGUCCAGAAGCCAUCCAGAAGAGGCAACGGUCAGCCGUCGCUCUCCACACUGGGGAUGAACCAGACCGGGAAGGCCGAGUGGAGAAGGGACACACAUUCCCUCCGGAAUGCACCCAAGGGCUGAAGAAGGAAGGGGCUGCUGGGUCAACCCUUCCCAGCUGGAAGAGUGUGGACCGGCUGGAUGCUUCCAGUGCAUCAAUGUUGCAGAGUCCAGACGGUAAUUGGAUCGCCAUGCAGAGCACCCAGCUGUCUCGGCCCAGCCUUCUGACCAAGCGCAAAAGCCUGGUGUUCACUGCCUUGGAGAAGGAGUCCGGUGCAGUCUCUGCCUACGACGGUCUCUGCUCCGACACAGAACCAGACACCGCCGGAGCCUGGGGUGCCGCCCUGCUCGAGUUUCGCCACAAAAUGUCUUCCAACAACACAUCAAACGACCUUCUGUCCACUAGUCCGCAAUCCCCCGCGCAAACCACCGCUGAGAACACCCAGAGCGACUCAGGUCAGAAUACACCUGUGCUCCAGCCUCACAAAGGCCAGUUCCCUGUCCUGAAGAGGAAGGUAUCCCGGGAGCACAGGCGCCCCAGUCUCCUGGACAUUACGUUUUACCCUGACAGCACAGAAAGCAGCGAGGAGGGCUCUGAGAACAACAGAGCCAAGAGGACCCGGAGGAAGAGGAAAAGCAAGCAAGAGCGUGCAGACCAGGAAGGCUUCAUGAGCCUUACAUCAUCUGAACCAGACUAUAGCAUGAUGCUUCUGGAAGUUUUAACGAAGCAUCAGAUCAAGAAACAGUCUUCUACAGAGGUCAUGAAUGAUAAGCCUGUGGCUGACACCUCAGACACCGCCACCCAAGAUACUGGGAGCUCCGGUGCUGUGACCCCUGGUGCACCUGAGGUGGAAGAUCCUGGCAUUGUGCAUCAUCUUCUGACUGGCUCCUUAGAUCACCAGCUGACAUCUACACUUGUGCAGCUGACCGAUCCGUCCAGUGAAAAGAAGGAUGACACUGAUAAAGAAGUAGAGAUGGUAGGAAAGAGAAAUGCAAAUAUAGAGCAGGAAGCAGUGGAGGGAACAGAAGAAGUGUCGUGGGGUGUGGAGGCAGAAGAAAUGGAACGUGGGGAAGAGCGACAAGCAGGCAAGAAACCUCUGGUGGUGGUAACGCAGGACGAGGAAUGUCCAGUCUGCUCACGCCAAGUGGGAGAAGAAAACAUAGUUAUAUCAUCUAUAAAUGUCCACAAGAAGACGCAUAGAAUAGACAGAGAGUCUGGGAAUUCAGGAAAGCUGACCAAAAAGGUGUCUGCUAACCUUCACGAUAAGUUUAUAACAGAGAAACAAAGUGAAAAUUAUAUGGAGAAACCGGCAGGAAUUCCACAGGAGACGUGCUUAGGUCAGGAGAGUGAAACGGCAGGAGAGGCCAAGGAGCAUGAGGAGAGCGAAGCUGACAGCAUCAGGUCAGAGGUACGGACGGGACCUCCUUCAGUCCUGCUCAGUUGGAGGAGCAAGAGAACCAGUGAGGAGGAGCAGGCUGAGAAUACAGAAGCAGGCAGGUCAGGCAGGGGACAAACAGGCAGCACUGACCAUGAGCAGGUUAAGGACCAAACCGGCACUGGGGUGGAGACACUGCAAGAGCAGGAAAGCCAGAGCGCUUCACAGCUGAAGAAACAAGAGGCAGCUGGGGAGGUGGGAGCCGAGAAGAACCGAGAGGCCGAGAGCCGUAGGAGCCGAGAGGCCGAGAGCCGUAGGAGCCGAGAGGCCGAGAGCCGUAGGAGCCGGACUUUAGAUAAUGUGGAAAGGGAGAUCGAAGUAGACUUGUGUGACACAGCAUCAGAUGUCACUGCUGAACAGAGGGAGGAAGACAAUGAAAUUGGAAGAGAACAGAAAGAAGAGAUGGAGGACGAUGUCGAGAGAAGACAAGACAAAGAGAGAGUCACGGAAAAUGAGCGCGAAUACACGCGGGUUCAAACAACAGAAGAAAAGAGUUGCAUCAUGAAAUCAGAAGAGAGCGGGGACCAUACAUUCAAGGAAUGUCCAGACAGCGCUCUCCCUGGUCAGGAAGAGCUUCUUACACCGGAGGAAAUAUACAGGAAAUAUUCCGCCGCAUCACUGCGCAGUAUUACCACUGAGGUGCUGAAGGUUCUGAACGCCACUGAAGACCUGAUCCAGGGCACCAUGGGCGACAAGCUCAACCAAUCAGAGUCCCAGGAUUUGCCUCCCCUCCCACCUGCACAGAGCAAGAAGCUGGAUGAGCAGCUCAGCCACUUAGAGGAGAAUGUGUACGUGGCGGCCAGCACGGCAUUCGGAUUGGAAGCAGAGCUUGAAGACUUGGCGGAAUGUGCACGCAGCGUCUGGAGCGCCACCACCGAGGGCGAGCUCACCCACCUGGAGGAGCAGGUGGCCUCGGCCGCGGCCCAGGUGCAGCAGUCAGAGCUCCAGGUGACAGACAUUGCAGCAAGAAUUGCAGCCUUAAAAAAUGCAGGCCUCAACGUAGCACCGCAGACACGCGUAACCAAGCUACAAACCAUAGACGCAUGUCGGCAGCACCGGCGACGUCUACCAGCACCUCCCGUGCAAGAAAAAAAGGCCUAACAGAGCUCAGGAUGCUUCACUGCGCAGCUAAACCAGUUCUCUGCCUCUGUUUUCCUGUGCCUUUGCACCAUGACCGGUUGCUCUGAGUAGCCGUGCACUGCCAGUGUUGGCCAAACGCCACCUGAGUCAAAGCGCUCGGACACUGUUUGCCUCAACACAACAACCAGGACCCGAUGAGCAAGAAUCUGUGUUAAAGCGAUCCUCCACAGCAUUGUAAGGAAACAGUCCACAGCUGAUAAGUAUUAAGAAUUAUGAUACAAAAAUAAUCGACAAUAUUAAGGGCAAAAUGGCAAAUCUUUUCAAAGCCAUCGGAUUGUUUACACACCUAAAUAAGAGAUUAUAUUUUGCUGUCAGUCCUGAGUUGUGUAGAUUGGAAAAGAUUAUACAGAUCACAAAGAAUUUUGGAUCAGGUUGAUUUGACCUACAACUCCAAACAGUUGUUAUAAAAGUUAUUUUAAAAAACACGUCAUUCCGACAGAGAAAAGACCGGGUCUAAAAAGCUAUUUCAUACAUUUAAAAAUGAUUUUACAGUCAACGCACAGCCUUGCCUCUUUGAAUUGUUGUUUUUUUAAUAUCAUAAAUGGUCAGAAGAAACAAUGCCACCAACUGAGACAUGUCUGCCACUUUACCUGCCAACUAAUUUCUGAUAAAGCCCCUGAGAACUGUUUAUAUCUCAACAUUUACAGAGAGAACACAGGAAUUACAGUUUGCUGAUUUGUUGUUUGACACUACUGUGUAAAGAUUCUAAUUUACUGUACAAAUGUAAAAUUGCUUUUGUAAAUGAAUAAACAAAAAUAAUUGAAUUCAA